AUGUCCUUCCAAAUCCACUACUUCUCCACCGCCUCCACCUACACUGGCAAAAACACUGAGCGACUGCCCGCCCCGCUGCCACUGGCCGCCCUCUUCGACACCCUGGAGGCGCGAUACCCAGGGAUGAAGGAGAAGGUGCUGAGCAGCUGCAGUGUUAGUUUGGGGGGUGAGUAUGUUGACGCUGAUGUGAACCUUGAUGGUGGUGAUGCUGGAGCGGUGAUUGGGGCUGGCGAUGAGGUUGCCAUUAUUCCACCUGUUAGCUCGGGGUAA